UACAAAAUAAAGUAAAGUAACGAGCUUGUUGUGUGAAAAUUCAACCCCGCGACCAAGUAUUAAACAGCAGUGACCAAACUGAAAAAGGAGCUCGAAAAACAAGAGUGAUUGAGUAUUUGCUUUACACAAAGAAAUGAAAAAUUAAGUGUCACCCAAUCUGCGUUGCGAAAACGUAGAGAUCUUAGGGAGAAAGUGUCCAUAGUCCCUCGGAGGUAAAAGUGCACAACAGGAGGGAAGCUUAAGACCAGUCAGUUCCUGUGUUGUAGUGUUGAUGCUGAGUGUUGCCUCGAGCAGGCAGGGUACCUCGACAGUGCGAGUUUGUGAAUUGCAACUUUCUUGAUCGCCCGAUAGACCAACAGAGACGUAUGCGCAAGAUGAAGCUGUACUUUGUGAUAAUUACCGUGCUGGUAUUACAUCACUGUGUGGAAGCGAAAAACGACACCUCCGAGAUAACGAGCCCGGACAGUAGUGAAACCAAAAAGGAGGAGACCGUAGAGACCAAAGGGAAUGCCACCGAAAAGGCCACCAACCUAGACGUUCGCGGAAAGCGAAAUUUGGAGUUGGGAAUUCACAACGGCUACAACUACUAUCAAACGGUGCCACUCGGGGCGGAACGCCGAAUCUCGAGCGCCUAUCAAGAUCCCAGUUCUUACUAUCAAUCGAACAACUAUGCGCACCACCCACAGGCGCUAGUAGGAGCGCCCCCAGCACAUCCCUACCAUGGUUUCGAGAGUGAACUCUCAAAUACGGUUGGCAACUUCCACACAGGACCAGCAUCUUCACAUCAUCACCAUCAGCCAGUCUACCUAGAAGCACCAGAACCAAUAAUCGAAAUCAUCAUCAAGGAGAGCAACGAAUCGGUCCCUUAUGAACAUGGGCAAGUUGCAAGUUCGAUUCCGAAGAAAAAAGAAGAAGUACAAGUUUUCUACGUAAAGUAUCACAAGGAUGAAAAGAAUGGAAUUGUUUUGGAUUCACCAGUGCCUGCCAUAAAGCCUAUACCCGAUGAGACUGAGGAAGAAGAAGUUCAUAAUCCUGUGCAUGAAGAACAAUUCGUGGUCACUCCAAACCCGCCGCUAAAGACUACAACUUUAAGGGCGAUCAUUAAUCCCGAUUCCGAAAAAUACCACAGCAACAGUGGCAUUCGCAUAUCCUUUGGUGUAGAAGAUAAACACCAGAGUGGUCACCAGGUAUCAGAAACUGAAAGUGAAAGUGUUGCACAGCCUGUCGUAGCUCUACCGCAAGGUCAACAAACUUCGAGAUCUCAACAGCAGUUUCAUCAACAUCCACAACAAACGCAGGUUCUUCCACCUCCGCAACACCAACACCAUCACCAUUCUAGUCAACAUAAAGCCGAUCAAUUCUACCAACAACAUCAACAGUUUGUUCAACAAAGGUCGUUUCCAACGGCAGCUCCAUUCGCUCCGCAACCACAAUACCAUCAGCAGCCUCCACAACUGCAACAAAACUAUGUUCAAAAUUACGCUACUCCAACACCAGUGCCCCAAUAUCGCGCUCAGUCACAGUAUCAAUUCCAGCAAUUCCAAGGACCCCCAAAUCGCUUCCAACAGUUCGAUCAAGGCAGAAACUUUGUUCAUCAACCUCCACCGCAGCAGUAUCGUGCACCACAAGCACAAUCACAACAGUUUGUUCAACAACCCCCCGUUCGGCAGCCACCUGCGCAACAACAGCAAUUUUUACCUCAACCUCAACAACAUCGCCAGCCACCUCCAGAAUUCCAACAACAAUCUCAGCCCAAACCGAUACCUAUUCCACUACACAACAUAAACAAUCAACCUCCACUGAGGCAACAAUACACCCAACCUGCAGCACAAACUCAAUAUAAUCAACCCUUCAAUAACUUCUACAAACACCAACAAACACAACUGGUUCCAAAACCUACCAGUCAUAACUUUGCACCAACGCCAUUGCCACAAACAUUGCCUCCAUACCAGCCACAGCAACAGCAGCCACGAUUUCCAGAAAAUAAUCGGCCUCCAGCAAACCGCGGUAACUUCCUCGAAUACAUCCCACCCGUGCAAGGCGGACUCGUCCAACAAGCCGCUCCCAAUCUAGGUACCACGCGGACACCCGACUAUCAUACCACCGCGGCUGGCCAUCAGAACAACCUCCAAAACAUCCUGCCCAUUGGCGGAGAAGUAGUCGCUAGCGUUCCCAAAUACGAAACCCACAUCACCGAGCACGUUAAUAAUGACCAUCAACGGAAGCAACCACAAACUCCAAAUACCGGCGCACAGAAUGAACAAUUCGCUCGAGGACCUGCGUACAAGAUUCUGCCCUCUCAGGAGUUAAUAAGCCACUCGGUGGCUCCUCAAGUUGAAAGCCAUUCACAGCGCAACUUCGUUCAGCCUCUGCCAACUCCUCAACAGUAUGUCAGCAAUGCUGCACCUCAAAUCAUUCCUAACUCCGAACCUAUCAACCAUAACGUCCGCCUGGCCAAUAAGAUUACUCAAUUUAUCAAUGUGUCACCCCGUAACAAUUACCAGUCGCAAUCGCAGCAGCAACAACAACAGCAGCAUAAAUCUUUCAUCUGGAACGGAGGACCAACUCGACCUCCCACUGCUCCUGGUUUCGCAUCAAAUUUCCAAAAUCAACCAGUGCAACAACAGCAGCAUCAGCAGCAGCAGCAGCAACAGCAUCAUCAGCAGCAACAGCAGCAUCAGCAGCAGCAGCAACAUCAACAACAACAACAUACACAACAACUUCAACAGCACUACAAUAAUUUCCAGACACAAACGCAAGCGCCAUUCGGAACUCGCACGACCACCACACCCGAACAUACCCCAAUCCAACACACAACUACGCGAACCACAACCACUCAACGCCCUUCAACUACAACCCUUGCAGAGGCACCAGCACAAUCCGGAAACAGUGAGAAGAAACAGAAAGCCUUACUGGAUCUUCCCGAUGAAGUACCAGAUGAUAUUCGUCAACAUCUGCUCUCUUCCGGUAUUCUAGAAAACGCCGAUAUCAGCGUAUUGGACUAUGAUAAACUAGGAGAAACUGCACUAGAGAAUCUUCCCGCAGAGCACCUGGCUAAUUUCUACAGCUCAGGUGGAGCCUCACAGUUGGCCAGCUCCAGCAAUGUACUUUCGGUGGUGAAACCUAACGGUGAUAAGGUGGCGAAGAAAUUUAUUAGCAAGAAUUACGAUGCUAAAGACAAGAGAGUAAAAUAUGUCGUCGAAGGUCAAACGGAAGGUGAACGACAAGGUCAAUAUGAGACGACACUGGUAACAAUGCCGGAAAAACAAAACGUAGACUUGAAAGUAGUGCGGUUCGAUUCUUCUAAUCAGAAGAACAUUACCGAUCGGUACAUUAAACAGGAUUCUACCGUACUACCGUCGGUUGGUGUACAGGCGAACUCCGAUAGUGCCGAAACUGCCUACAAUCGCUAUCUACCGUUGAAAAUCAACGGAGCACAGUUUCCGAUCCCGGAUGCCCCGGAGCUGCGUGGUAGAAAAAUUUCCAGUGUCGUCGUGCUGGCCCCGGUUGACACUACUGGUUUGAACAACAGCUUCGUUAUAAACGCCGACACGGAUCGGGACGGCAAGAGUGCAGAGGAGCAAUCACGAUUCGAAAGGGACGCAAUGCUGGAUACACAGAAAAUAAAGUUUAUCGCUGACGAGGCACUAAAGCAGCUGAUAAAGAAACCUUCGACAGAAAACUUCAAACGAUGGCUCGAGCGAGAAGGAAAAACCGAUGUAGAUCUCCAGAGUGUUGUCUUACUUGUUACUAAAAACGAAAACGACGACCAGGAAAUCUUCAUGUACGACAUUGCCACUAAGGGUGUAACACACCUGAACGGUGAAUUGUCGCUGGCCUUCGUGAAAGUUGCCGAAGAAAAUGCCAACACGCACAAUCUGGAUGAAAUGCCCAUAGUCGAUAGUGGAAUUGUGGAACAGAUGGAAACAGCUGAGGACUCCCGACAACAUAUCACGCAUGACUACAGCGAUUACAACGGCGGAAAGGACGAGGAUCUGUACAGCCAUGGUCUUAGUGACUCUUCAUCUCUGGAAGAUGAACAACCAGAACCAUCGGAGCAUAAACCAAUAUACGUGUACCCAAUCAACAGUAAAUAUCGUAGAAUACAGAUCAAUUCGGGUUAUAGUAAUAUCAAGAAUUGAAAAAAAAACAGUCGAAAAAGAAUUAGAGCAUGUGAGUGUGUUUAUGUUAAUGAGAGCUACUGAGUCAAGUGUGAAAUAGAUCAAGUCUUAUGAAUAGUUCAAAUGUUUUCUAUUGCCAGGAGUGUGCAGAAUGCUUGAGAUUAAUUAGUAUUUCCUUCCUAAAUGAUUUCGACAAGCUUACCAUAGACCAACUCGCUCAGCGAAAUUCCAUAUAUAGAAUCUAGUAUUGACACAGGACAACCUUUCAUUUUAAUAGUUUAAUAGCUUAUUGUAGGCUCGCGCGUAGGAGAAAAUUUCUGUACAUAAUAAAAACCAUAACUUCUUAGAAUAAGCCCGAAUUGUUUCUGGUAAAUCGACCAUAUAAAAUAGCGGAUAACAACUAUCGAAUUAGCACACAACUCGACCAGUGGUACCGUAUAUUAUGAGUUCUGAACUCAUAUGUUUAGAAAUACAGAAAUCCAUGAAAUGACCAACAAAGUCAGUAGUACGUAGUUCGAAACUAUAACGAAAUGCGCAGUAUUUUACGCAGUAGUCGAAUGAAGAAAAAAAAACACAAAAUUCAUUGACGAAAAAUUCAAUUCACUUUCCAUAUAGACAUUUUUAGAUAAAUUGUUUUCAUAUGGAAAGGAUUGGAAUAUAAGAAAGUACCAUUACGAUAAAUUUAUUUAUGUUCUGUAUAAUAAUAUUGUACUGGUAAAUUUGCUCUAGAUACGUGAUGAAUUUCGAAAUUUAAUUUGUAAAUUAUUAUUUCUUACUAAAUUUCGCCACAA